AUGCUGGUAACCUAUUUGAAAGCCAGCCGGGGCCUUUGCGAGACGGACUCAAUUGUUUUUGGCGCCGCAGUGGCAGCUUGCCGUAUUAUUGGCGCCAAACUUCCCAUGGCUGGACGCGCUACUAAACAAAGUAGCGCCAUCCCAGCCUGGAGAAAAAGAAUUGAGGACCGUAUCGCAAAGGCAAGGGCCCUUAUUGGCAGACUGAUAAGCUUCAGGUCGGGUAAUAAUAGACCGAGGGUUGUGCGCACCGUUAGAAUGGCGUUUGCUGGGACAAAUAUCAGUUUAUCCCAGCCGGAUAUCACGCAGAAACUAACGGAGCGCAUAGACGACCUGAAGCAAAAGAUUGCUGCUUGGGGGAAGCGGAUUCGCCGAGUUACCGAAAGGUCAAGGCGGUUCAACCAGAAUCGUCUCUUCCAGAGUGAUCGGAAGAGGCUCUACAAAUCACUGGAGCGACCAGAGGUAUGUGGAGCGGGCCCAGGACCGGAUCAGGCUAACACUGUCGUAUUUUGGCGUGGCCUGUGGUCAGAGCCCGUAAACCACAGCGAGGGCCUUUGGACGGAAGUUGUGGCGAGUCAGUGUGCGAGUAUUACGCCCAUGGACCCAGUCAUCAUAACUCCGGAUGACGUAGCUGAUGCGGUUCGUAGAGCCCCGAACUGGAAAAGUCCGGGACUUGACGGACUGCAUCACUACUGGCUGAAGUGGUUCAUGGUGUGUCACGCUGUGCUCGCCCGUCAGUUUUAA